CGCAGUGGUGCUGCUGCUGCUGCUGCUGCUGCUGCUGAUCCUGACACAGAAACCGGCUGUCCUGUUCUGAAAGGGGAUACACAUCAGACACGGUGCGCUUACCAUCACAUUUGCAGGGACACCUUCUGUAGCUGUAGUUGCACUUUUUUAUUAUUUUAAAAGAAUAAACCACCAGCUUAAAAUAAUGAUCAAGAACGGGCAUCACCACCACCAAGUGAACGCAGCAGCAGCAGCAACCGGGAAAGACGCAGGGACGACCCCCAGCGCUGCAGCGUGCAGUCCCGAGAAGAGGAGGCGAAGGAUACGGGUGUGGUGCGACGGCUGCUAUGACAUGGUCCAUUAUGGACACUCCAACCAGCUGCGACAGGCCAAGGCAAUGGGAGAUUACCUCAUCGUUGGAGUGCACACAGACAGUGAGAUUGCGAAGCACAAGGGUCCGCCAGUCUUCACUCAGGCAGAAAGGUACAAGAUGGUGAGGGCCAUAAAGUGGGUGGAUGAGGUCGUGGAGGGAGCGCCUUACGUCACCACCCUAGAGACCCUCGACAAGUACAACUGUGACUUCUGUGUGCACGGAGAUGAUAUUACACUAACAGUGGAUGGGAAAGACACAUAUGAAGAGGUGAAGAAGUCGGGCCGGUACAGGGAGUGUAAGAGAACCCAGGGAGUUUCAACUACAGAUCUGGUUGGCAGGAUGCUACUGAUGACCAAAGCACACCACAGCAACAUUGAUAGUUCAGACUAUCAGCAGCACACAGACAACUUUGGAAAGGGGGCACAUGGGCAGAAGGGCCACAGUCCCUGGACGGGGGUGUCUCAGUUCCUGCAAACGUCACAGAAGAUCAUCCAGUUUGCUUCAGGGCAGGAGCCUCAACCUGGAGACACCAUCAUCUAUGUGGCAGGAGCCUUUGACCUCUUCCACAUCGGCCAUGUUGACUUCCUCGAAGCGGUGCAUAAACUCGCAGAAAAGCCAUACAUUAUAGUGGGUUUGCACUUUGAUCAGGAGGUGAAUCGCUACAAAGGGAAAAACUACCCCAUCAUGAAUGUCCACGAGAGAACACUCAGCGUCCUGGCUUGUCGAUAUGUUUCCGAAGUGGUGAUUGGUGCACCGUUUGCAGUCACUAAAGACUUGAUUGACCAUUUUAAGGUUGAUCUUGUAUGUCAUGGUAAAACACAAAUAUAUCCUGACAAGGAUGGAUCCGACCCUCAUGCGGAGCCAAGGAGGAUAGGAAUCCUGCGUACUGUUGACAGUGGGAACAGCCUUACCACAGAUGCCAUUGUGCAGAGGAUAAUUAAGAACAGGUUGUUAUUUGAAGCAAGGAACCAGAAGAAAGAGGCCAAAGAGAUCGCUGUGAUUCAGGCCAUGAAGCGAAAAGAGGAGGAAAAGACUAAAGAAAGACCCCAGGCUGUGCUGCAGAAAGGCCCCAAAACAAGCACCAUCAACUGACAUAACAGUGACACUUACUAUAAACUCAUGUACACUAAAAACAACUCUUUGAUAACAGUGACAGUCAUGGCUGAUGACAACAGUACUAACAGCCGCCCAUUUAUAGCCAGGUCGGCAUAGUCUGCUGUGAGUAUCAGGUAUACAGUGUGGGUGUGUGUGUGUGUGUGUGUGUGUGUGUGUGUGUGUGUGUGUGUGUGUGUGUGUGUGUGUGUGUGUGUGUGUGUGUGUGUGUGUGCGUGCGUGCGUGCGUGCGUGCGUGCGUGCGUGCGUGCGUGCGUGCGUGCGUGCGUGCGUGCGUGUGUGUGUGGAUGUGUGUGAGGAUCCUAUGUGUGUAUUCAUAUAUCCUACAUAUGCAACUACAUGAUUAUAUUAGUCAGCACUCACAUACUGACAGCUAACUAUGGAGUUAUGGACAGAAUAUUAGUCAAAAGUAGGAAAAAGGAAGCUAUCAAAUGUCUAUUUUGUGUCUUAAAAUACUUUUUUAAUCUUUAAGUACUUUAAUUUUUUGCUUUCAAACACAUUUUUUAUGAGUUAUUUUUCGGGGGUUCGGACAUGCAAAUUGGAGGUGUGGGGACUUGAGAUGUUGGCCAUGCCUUGAACUUUAAAGGAUGUGAUUUGUUUUGUCAUUAAUGUGGGGUUGUCACUGCUUUCUGUCCAGCAAUGGUUGUCGCCCCCUAGCUAAACUAUCUUUGUAUAUACUGUACGUACUGUAUGUAUGUAUUAUAGGUUGAUUACAGUCUCUCUGCAGGAUGCUAAAACCAGUAGAGAGUCGGGGAAGAACAGUUCCCGUGAUUCUCUACUUCUAACUUUGGUUGUCUGAGGUGUUGACACUUUGAUGGACUCUCACUGGACCUCAUGUACAUAUCAGACCUCGCUCCUCUCAGACUGCACUGACUGCUCGAAAAAUCAUCAGAAAUUUUCUGUUAAAUUGUCAGAACUGAUUUUUAACUCCCAAAUGCACAUCGAAGAGACCUGCAUGCCCGGCCUUUUUGAGCGCAAAAUGCAUUGUUUUAAAGCAACACACCUUAGAUUGAUCCUAAUCUAGAGACCACUUCAGAGCAUUAACAGACUCCUUUUAACAUUUAGAUUUUAGUUUUAAUAGAGAAUAAUGACAGAUGCUCAAUGUUGUUGACUUGAUCAUGAAAUAGACCUCUCACUCAUGAAAUAGACCUCUUACUGUCAUUGACUCUGUACAAUUAACCUCUGUCUCUAUCAAAUCGGAUGAAAUAAUAUAUUUUUUGUAGAUGUGUAUUUUACUUACCUCCUCUGCAUUAACUACUGUAUAGAUGGUUUCAUAUGUAAAAAGCAUAAUAACAAUGUCUGUAUGUAAAGUCGGAAUGUAUUCAAUGUAGGCUAUAAUGUUUGUUAACAACAACUCCCAGUUGUAAAAAAUGAUUGGACUAAGGUACACUAUUGCUGAUAAUUAUAACAUUUUAUUUCUGAA